GUGCUUCUCCUGUCAAUUUACUCUUUUUCCUCUCUCUGUGUUAGUACAGUAGUUGGAAAUAAAUAAAAAAAAGCAUACAGUUUCUGUUCUCCUGGGCGGUCUGCUCCCCCUGGUUUGACUGUGUGGGGAACUACAGUGAAGAGGAUGCACUGUAGAUGCACACGUGUGGUCGGAUGAUAAUGUUUCAGGCUGGUCCAGUCGCUCACAGCUGUGACUCUACAGUACUGAGGCCGGUGGAAGAUGACGGAUGAGGUGAUUGUCAUCGCCAAGUUUGACUACACGGCCCAGCAGGACCAGGAGCUGGACAUCAGGAAGAAUGAGCGGCUCUGGCUGCUGGACGACUCCAAGUCGUGGUGGCGCGUGCGGAACGCCACCAACAAGACGGGCUUCGUGCCCUCCAACUACGUGGAGCGGAAGAACAGCGCCCGGAAGGCCUCCAUCGUCAAGAACCUGAAGGACACGCUGGGGAUCGGGAAGGUGAAGCGGAAGACCAGCAUGAGGGACACGGCCUCCAACGCCGACGCCGAGCUCUGCUCGGACAACGGCGAGCGGCUGUACGACCUCAACCUGCCGGCGCUGGUCAAGUUCAGCUACGCGGCCGAGCGCGAGGACGAGCUCUCGCUGGUCAAGGGCACGCGGGUGGUGGUGAUGGAGAAGUGCAGCGACGGCUGGUGGCGGGGCGUCUACGAGGGCCGCUCGGGCUGGUUCCCCUCCAACUACGUGACGGAGGACGGCGACGGGCUGGCGGGCGACCCGGCGGCGUCGCUGACGGAGAAGCUGGCGGCCGCCGUGCACAGCGGCGGCGGCGGCGGCGGCGGGAACGGCGGGCGGACGCUGCACACGGUCCAGGCGCUCUACCCCUUCAACUCGGGCAACGACGAGGAGCUGAGCUUCGAGAAGGGCGAGGUGAUGGACGUGGUGGAGAAGCCCGAGAACGACCCCGAGUGGUGGAAGUGCCGCAAGGCCGACGGCCAGCUGGGGCUGGUGCCCAAGAACUACGUCACCGUGCUGCAGAACUCCCACGGCAACGCCCCGGGCAACGCGGGCCCGCCCACGCCGGACUGCGACUACAUCGAGCCCUCGGGCAGCGGCAGGUUCGCCGGGCGCCAGUGGUACUACGGCAAGGUGACCCGGCACCAGGCCGAGGUGGCCCUCAACCAGAGGGGCGAGGAGGGCGACUUCCUCAUCAGGGACAGCGAGUCGUCCCCCAAUGACUUCUCCAUCUCCCUGAAGGCCCAAGGCAAGAACAAGCAUUUCAAGGUCCAGCUGAAGGACAGCCUCUAUUGCAUCGGACAGCGCAAAUUCAACUCCAUGGAGGAGCUGGUGGACCACUAUAAAAAGGCCCCCAUUUUCACCAGUGAACAGGGAGACAAACUCUAUCUAAUCAAGGCACUGUCCUGAUCCAUGCAGAGCCUGCCUUUUAUCUUCAAGACUGUUGAUCACUCGUGACCAAAUGGGGUGGGGGGUGGGUGGGGUUGUAAUCAUUUCAAGAAGAGGAGCGGAAAGUGAAUAUUACCACGGACUCCUAUGUAUCGGAAGCGACUUGAUGGACAACGUUCCAAUUUAUCAAUUUCACACGUCAUGUUUUAGGUCAUAGAUAUGCAUAUUGACGAUAACAACAUUUACUGGCUAUAUCUUAGUUUUGUUAAUAUAUAUCCACUUCUGAGUUUGCCUUCUGGUUGGCAACCCAGGGCUCAAGAAACAAAACCCGUUGUACGUUCAGAAGUUGAGUGACUUGUGUUGGGGUUCAGAUUACACAGUAUGCUCAAGUGCACUGCAGUGUAACAAGUAAUUGAGCCAGCUCGGCGUUCAGAAUGGGCAUGAAAUUAAAUCAAUGUAUCAUUACAUUCUUAGACCAAAUGUACACUCAUCCAAGGUGGCUUACUUGCUGCCUAGAAUUCCCAAACCUGCUUUUGGUUUUCGAAUGGUGUUUUGUCAUCCCGGAUGAUGUCAUCAUGAGUUCAGCCAAUGGGGACGUGGAGAAAAAGCGUGACUGGGGGUUGGUGAAUCCUCUGUCGCAACGAGAGCUUCAGCCAGACUGCAUGUGAACUUGUGUUCCACACGUCAUCUGAAACAAGAUGCCGUUAUUCUGACCGGUCUCAGAGCAGUGGGACUGUCUCAGAGGAGGGGUAGAAGGGCGAUUUAUGACUUGGUUAGGUCAUGUAUACACCCCCCCCCCCCCCCCCAAAAAAAAAAAAGUACAGUAGCCCACUUAUGAAACUGGGUGAGUGUUACAGGGUACGCUGACUGAAACAUCACAAAAGCGCUUGUCACAGAUGUCCUUAGAGAUUUCCCUUCACUGGUAAUCUUUGCUUGCUCUUCACUUACAUUACUGAGAUAAUAUGGGCCUGAAAAGGGUAUGAGGGUGAUUUCAGUUGGGGGGGAAAAAAAACCCUGGGAAAGCUUUUGUUUGGACGUGCUGAGUGUUUAUAUGUUGUUCAGCCCUGUAUGGACCAUUUUGUUGGUCCAUCAAAUGAACCUCUUCCCUGGGGUCCAUUUUCAAACACUUUCUAUAGAGGUAUAUAAUUACAGUCCAAUGUAGAAUAACUAUUAUAAGGAAACCUGCCUACGUGUUUUUUAUUUUUUAUUUAAGGAAAACCCUAGCAGUCCUAGGAGCCCUUUACAUGUCUGCUGGUGUUCCCACUCCCUGUUCUCCAGGAGAACCCGAGGGCUGGAAAACCAGGUGCCCAUUCACGCUGACUGUGAGGGCACCAGGGGGCAGACAGUGCUAUUCAAUUCUAUGCCUGUAAACAAAUGGCCAAUUGCUGCCCUUAGUUGGCGGGUUCAUAAUUGAGUGUAUACGAUAAGCUUAUUGUGAUAAAUGUGAGUGCAGCAGUUGUCGCCGGGCUUGUGCGUGUGUGUGUGUGUAUUAUGUGUCUGUCUGUGUGUGUGUGUGUUUCCUCAUCUGGCUAAUCGGCCACCCCACAGUCCAUUGCUCACGUUUCACCUGACAGUCUCAGACUUGCUUUGUCUAAAGUGCUGUUGGCUACAAUAUGUGCUGUGUGUACUUUAUUCAUUGGUUGGUUGUGAUUUCUUUUAAUGGUGCUGUGCUUGUAUGCUUGCUUGAUGAAGGGAGAACCUUGGGAGUUUUAGUUUACCUUACGUGGGACGUAUGCGGUCCUAUGUACUCCUUCCUACAACAUUUUGUUUUUCAUUCUAGGGUUUAUUAGUUUUUUCCACUCCCACUAAAAAAAAACUAUGACGACUGCUUGAGAAGACCUUAAUAAAUGCCAUAUGUUAGCUUUGUUGGUGGGAUUAAAAUGGAGACCCCAGAAUCACCAAUUUCCAAUACAGUGGAGGAUAAGCCAACAGUGGAAUGAAUAGUAAACUAUAUAUCAGGAAGUAGAUGGGAACGCUUGCGUAUGGAAAAUGAAAUGGGCAGUAUUAUAUAGAAGUGUCCUCACAACUUUGUGUUGUUGAAUGUAAGCAGAGGUCAAAAAUAUAUCUUUUGGUUAUUCCCCACAAGCCCUCAAAAUAUCUGAAUGACUUUUUCAGCUUGAGGAGAUGGACUAAUGUAAGGGUGAGGAUGGUAAAUGUUGGUAGUGCAAAGAGGGGAAAAAAAGUGGAGAUCUGUAAUCUAGUUAGCGGUUGUGCCGAGAGACUGGACUACAUCUGGUGUUAAUGAAUUGAAAUGGAUAUAGUCAGAAUGGAGAAAUGAAACCGCUUGGAUCCCAGUACGGGGGCAAGUGGCAGCCAGAUAUUUGGAGAGUCUGUCACUCGCGUGCCUUAGCUGAAGUGUGUGCCCACGGGUCAGGUCACGUGUCUCCUGUGCGCUAAACGUCGUUUUUACAUUUUUUUUUUCCACCUUCCAGUUCUGCUUUGUGUUUGGGUCACUGCUUUAUUCGUAACAGGAAUGAGUCCAUGCGUGUCUUUUAAAAAAACACAAAAAAAACACGUUCCCUCAGAAGACCACCCUUGUUUUAAAGGCAGGUUCUGUUUUAUUUUAACCUAGUGUUAGAGGAGUAAUGCUUCAUUUGUAUUUUUAAAUCUUAGAUGUGUAUAAGAUCAAGUGACCUUAACUUAUUGUAGUUUGUUUUCAUUAAUCGAUGUGUGCUUGGAUAAUGAUACAAUGUGAUUACAAAUAGGCCUAAUUAUUGUCCAGUGAAAGCCCUGUUGCAUGUAAUGUAUUUCCAGAUAUGAUUUUACAGAGCACCACAACAGUCUCACCCAAUAUCCUGAGGCUUCUAGUCUGCGUAGCUACAAAAUUGCUUUGGCCUUUGCUCCAAGGAACAUAUUUUAGGCAAGUGUUACAUUUAUUAAUACUUCUUGUUUGACACUGAAAUUUGGAUACUUCUAAUAAUUUAAAAUAUUACACGAGAUGCGAGUCUCGUGACUCUUUGCGUAGGAGAAAGAGGAUCGGAGUUUGAAACGAACUUGUUCAGCGAAGCUUAGCUUGUGAAGGAAGAGUUUUUUUUUUUUGCGCUAUACACUGCCACCGCCCUUCAAAAAAUAUAAUUAAAGGCACUCCCCAGGGCCAGAUCCUUGAGUGUAAAACAGCCAUCAAAUAUUGAGCACCAGCUGGACCUCUCAGAAGUUGUCACUUGAAUGCGGAGCACUCUUUAUAAGCCGUGAAAAGGAGUAGACCAUACUGUGAAAAUUAAUGUGUUGUCCUCUUUGCUGUUGUUUCAUUGAGGGGAUGUCGACUUCACAUGUAAUAUUUCUAGAAGAGUUUAUUAGACUGGUAAAAAGGAAGUAAUAAAAUGGUUAACUACUCAA